AUGAGGUUGUUUCUUCUACUUGCUUUCAAUACUCUCAUCAUCUUACUUAAAAACGUGGACAUGGGUUUCGCUCAUGAAGAUAUGCAAGCAUUACUCGCGUUGAAGUCUCAAGUUUCUGAAAACAAACGACUAGUAUUAGCCUCGUGGAAUCACUCUGUUCAGGUAUGCGAGUGGGCUCAUGUUACAUGUGGCCGCAAACACAAAAGAGUUACUCGUUUGGAUCUUGGAGGGUUGCAACUUGGUGGGAUCAUCUUCCCCUCUAUUGGUAAUCUUUCUUUUCUCAGACUACUUAAUCUUGGAGAUAACUCUUUUACCGGUACUAUCCCAAAAGAGUUGGGAAUGUUGUUUAGGCUUCAAAAGUUGAACAUGAGCUACAAUACUCUUGAAGGAGUAGUCAUUCCAAACCUGUCUAACUGCUCUAGAUUGGUGACACUUGAUUUAACCUCAAACCGUCUUAUACAUGGUUUACCUUCAGAGCUAGGAUCGUUAUCUAGCCUUAAGAACUUGCUUCUAUCUAAAAACAAUCUUUCAGGGACUUUUCCCACAUCUUUUGGAAACCUGACUUCUCUCCGUCAGCUCUCUAUUGCAUAUAAUAAUAUGGAAGGAGGAGUUCCUGAUAACUUCGGUAGAUUGACCGAUAUGAUAUAUCUCCAACUUUCGAAAAACAAUCUCUCAGGUGUUUUCCCUCCAGAAAUAUACAACCUGUCCUCACUUAGUUUUUUAUCCAUUGUUGGCAAUCGUUUCUCGGGUCAUCUUAGGCCCGAUUUUGGAGAUAUGCUUCCAAAUCUUGAAGAGUUGUAUUUGGGGAUGAAUUAUUUUUCAGGACAUCUUCCAAAAACAUUGUCCAAUAUCUCUUCCCUUACACGUCUAGAGAUCGCAGAUAACCUUUUCACCGGAUCUAUCCCCAUUAGUUUUGGAACAUUACAACAUAUUCAAAUGUUGGGGCUUAAUAAGAAUUCUUUUGGAAACAACAUAGUUGGAGAUGAUCUGAACUUUCUUACUGCUUUGGUAAAUUGCACUCAGCUGCAAAUCUUGGAUAUUGGUUACAAUAGGCUUGGAGGAGUACUGCCUAUCUCUGUAGCCAAUCUUUCUAACGAGUUGACGGUAAUGGCCUUUGGAGGAAACCUCAUCUCUGGAGGCAUUCCUCAUGACAUUGGGAAUCUCAUAAACCUACAAUCCCUUGGCCUGGAAAGAAAUUUGUUGACAGGAGUGAUACCUACCUCUCUUGGAAAGCUUUUGGGGUUGCAUAAUGUUUUAUUGAAUCAAAAUAGAAUGUCAGGAGAGAUACCAUCAAAUCUUGGAAACAUCACUCGGUUAGAAAUUCUGAAUUUGUUUAACAAUAGUUUCCAAGGGAACAUUCCUCCAAGUCUUGGAAAAUGUCGGUUUCUUGUGGUUCUUUACCUUGGAUCAAAUAGGUUAAACGGGAUUAUACCUCAAGAAAUCAUGCUAAUGGAGUCUCUUGUUUUCUUGUAUAUAUCAAGAAACUUGUUGACUGGACCGUUCCCAAAAGAUGUUGGAAGAUUAAAAUCCCUUGUUGAGCUGUCUGCUGGAAACAAUAGAUUUCAUGGAAACAUCCCGGAGACGUUAGGGAGCUGUCUCUCCAUGGAAGCAAUUUCCCUGCAAGGAAACAGAUUCGAUGGAGCCAUUCCAGAUUUCAGAAACUUGAGAGCUCUCAAAAUCUUUAACUUAUCCAACAACAAUUUGUCCGGCAGUAUACCUGAGUACCUAGCGAAGUUUUCCUCUUUGGAGUAUUUAGAUCUCUCUGUUAACAACUUUGAAGGCAUAGUUCCAACAGAAGGAGUAUUUCAGACUCCUGAAAAUUUUUCAGUAUCUGGUAAUGGAAAACUUUGUGGAGGCAUCGCUGAACUAAAGUUAAGGUCAUGCCCUCUAAACGUGGUUUCAAGGGGGAGAAGACAUUCAUCAAAUAGAAAGAGAAUUGUUAUCGGUGUCAGUGUUGGUGUAGCUUCUCUUUUGUUGUCACUGUUUACUCUGAGUCUACUAUACAUGCUUAUGAAAAGAAAGAAGAAGAAAGAAGGUGCAAGAAACGAUGAUAACUUGCUGUCCAAGUCUCCAUUCUAUGAAAGGAUAAGUUAUGAGGAGCUUCGAAGAGCAACUAGCGAGUUCUCAUCAAGCAAUUUGAUUGGUUCAGGAAACUUCAGCUCUGUUUUUAAAGGGUUGCUUGGUCCCGAGUCCAAAGUUGUUGCAGUUAAAGUUCUGAAUCUCCAAAAGCAUGGGGCAGCUAAGAGCUUUAUAGCGGAAUGUGAAGCUUUGAAAAGUAUAAGGCAUCGAAACCUAGUGAAACUAGUGACAGCUUGUGCAAGUAUUGAUUUCAAAGGAAAUGAAUUCAAAGCUCUUGUGUAUGAUUUUAUGCCGAAUGGAAACUUAGACACGUGGCUGAACCCGGAGGUCGAAGUUGGAAGCUCUGAAACUCAUCCAAGACCGUUGACGCUAAGUGAAAGACUUAGUAUUGCCAUAGAUGUGGCUUCAGUUUUGGAUUAUAUCCAUUCCCAUUGUCAUGACCCUGUAGCUCAUUGUGAUCUGAAACCAAGCAAUGUUCUUCUGGACAAUGAUCUAACAGCCCAUGUCAGUGACUUUGGUCUUGCUCGAAUCCUCGACCAGGACUCCUUCAUCAACGUGUUGAGCUCCACGGGUGUCAGAGGAACCAUCGGCUAUGCAGCACCAGAAUAUGGAAUGGGAGGAAAACCAUCGAUACAAGGAGAUUUGUACAGUUUCGGAGUUCUUGUGUUGGAGAUGUUCACUAGGAAGCGUCCAACAGAUCAAAUGUUUGUCGGAGAAGUAACUCUCCGUAGCUAUGUCGAGUCGGGGCUGCCCGAACAUGUACUUGAUCUAGCUGACAUAUCGAUUCUCCAAGGUGAAGUUGACAACAAGAACAUCAACAUCGCUGAGUGUUUAAAGAUGGUGUUUCAUGUGGGAAUAAGGUGUUGUGAAGAAUCUCCCACAAAUCGGAUGACGAUGGCUGAAGCUUUAGCUGUAUUAGUCUCACUCAGAAACAGGUUCUUUAAAACCAAGAAGACAACACUCAGUGCAGGUCAUUAGCUUUGGUUGGUCUAAAACACUUAUAAAUAUGUGUGCUUAUAAAUAAAAAUGUAUUAUAUGGCGACGACGGUGACAGUUAUGGGAGAUUCGAGACGGCAGUGGCAGUGUUUGUGAAGUUAAGACACGGUGGCGGUGGUGUUUGUGGAGAUUAGAGACGGUGUUCGUCAACGGUUUUCUAAUUUUACAUUAUGAAGGUUGUCUUUUAUAUCAAGAGUUACUAAUCUAGUGAAUAACGAAUAACGAAUCGA